GUCAAAUAAAAGAAAAACAUUAGCAGAAAAAGUGUCACGAAAUAAAUUUUUGUGGAAUCAAUUUUAAAAUGAAGGAAUCCAGAAGCAAUUAAUUAAGUUAUUUCUAUUGAUAUCAAUUUUAUAAAAUCUGAGCAAUGAUACAGACGAGGAUAAGCUUACUAAGGAAUAAGUUUUUCUUUUUACUUGGCAUCAUUAUUUUACUUUCAAUAUUCUUUAUUGCUUUAACUAAUUUCCAAACACACGAAAAUGAUUUAAUACAAAAGAUUGAGAAACUUGAACUGCAAAAUGAGGCAGUGAACAAACAAGUUGAAGUUGAGAAAGAACAACAACAUCAAAGAAUAUUAGCUGAGAGACAAUUGUAUGAGAAAACGAAGAAGGAAUUGAAUCAAAAAUUAAGGGAACAAAAGGAAAUAUCUGAUAAGGAAAUCCAUCAAUCUCAACUUCGUUUUAAUUCAUUACAGCAACAAUAUAAGAUUUUGGUGACUAAACAUGAUGAUCUUGAUCAGCAUUGCACGCAAGUCCAAAAAGAUUUAUCAACUGAAAAUGAUGAGUUAAAGAGGAAACUUGAUCAUAUUCAGGCUCAAAACUCGAAAAUACAGACAUCAAAAGAUAAUGACAUCACAGUUUGGAAGAUGAAGUAUGAGAACGAAAAGAGUGAAAAGGAGAAGCUUCAAGGGCUAUUGAAUAGUAAUAAUGGAAACAAUGCAAAUAGUGUGGCAUCAGAGAAUGCUGACGAGCAUCAAGAGCUCAUAAAAUUAAAGUAUAAGAAUUAUCAACUCGAACAAGAGAUUAAAGAUUUAAAGAAGAAACUUCAUAUCAAUAAUGAGAACAAUGAGGAGCAUAGACAAGUUCCUGCACCUGAGAUUAAUAAUAAAGCCAUAGAUAAAAGUUUUCAAGAGCAAAUUCCAAUAAUUCCUGAGCAGAUUGUCGAUAGUAAGAAUGUCCUACAACAGCCAGCACUAUUAAAUGGAAAAUCAACGACAACGACAACACCUACAUCAAUCAUAAAUAAUAAUAGCAAUAAGAAAUUAGUCAUUCCUAAUAAGUUAACAUCAUCGACUGCUGCAAGUACAACAAAAUCGUCGAGAAAGCUUCCCAAAUUUGUCUUACCCAUACCUGACAUUAAGAAUGACGAUAGUGAGGUAGCAAAGGAACCAGUUAAAGAGGAUAAAAAGCAAAUUCUCGACGAAACAUUAAAUAAGCCACAAAACGAGGACAUUAAUGAUAUUGAGAAUGGCGCAAACGAGAUCAACGACAAUGACUUUAAUAUCGAAGAAAAGAAUCAAAGGAAUUUUGAUAAUAUGGAUCCAGAUAAGAAUAUGGUGAAUAAUGCAGCUGAGGAGUUUGAUGUACAUAAACCAGCUGAAAAGAAGUCACUAGGCAAUGAAGAAAUGGAUUUAGAAAUUAUCAAUCGACCUCCAAAUAACGGAAAUGUUAAGGAUAAAUUAAAGGACGAAAUAGCUAAUGAUCAUGGAAAGGAAGAAGCAUAUGCAGAAGAGGACUUACAUUUAGAACAACAAGACGAAGAUUUAGGUGAUAUUGGUGAAUAUGAUGAUCCAAAUGCACUAAAGAAUCAAGGUGUAGCGGAACGAAAUUAAAUUUCUAAUGUGAUCUCAAUCACCA